UCCGCUGAGGGUGACUUGUCCCUGCCAAAGAGAGCAACGGACGCACGGUGGCUACUUGAACGAAAACGGGGGAAGCUCGCUCAAGAACCGGCUGGGCUGUCGUCGGGAACUCAACAUGCCACAAUACAAAUGCUGAGCGUGGGUCCCAAACAACCGUAUUCACCCCCAGAACGGCGAUAGCUGACGGCCACGCCCCGUAUCAACCGACCGGAGCCCGUACAAAAGUGCUGGCGGAGGCGCAACGGCGAGCGGUUUGAAACCCAGCAGGGCGGCUAGCGGGCUCACAGCGGAGAGGAAGCAGGAGCGUCGGCUGUUUUGGGAACCAUGAGAGAGUACAAAGUAGUGGUUCUCGGGUCCGGAGGGGUCGGGAAAUCCGCAUUGACCGUCCAGUUCGUGACGGGGUCCUUCAUAGAGAAAUACGACCCGACGAUAGAGGAUUUCUACAGGAAGGAGAUCGAGGUGGACUCCUCUCCGUCCGUGCUGGAGAUCCUGGACACGGCGGGGACCGAGCAGUUCGCCUCCAUGCGAGACCUGUACAUCAAAAACGGGCAGGGCUUCAUCCUGGUCUACAGCCUGGUGAACCAGCAGAGCUUCCAGGACAUCAAACCGAUGAGGGACCAGAUCAUCCGGGUGAAAAGGUACGAGAGGGUGCCGAUGAUUCUGGUCGGGAACAAAGUGGACCUGGAGGGGGAGAGGGAGGUCUCGUCCGGUGAGGGGAAGGCACUGGCGGACGACUGGAACUGCCCGUUCAUGGAAACUUCAGCCAAAAAUAAAACCUCGGUGGACGAACUGUUUGCAGAGAUAGUCCGACAGAUGAACUAUGCCUCGACACCAAAUGGCGACGACCAGUGCUGCUCGUCUUGUGUCAUUCUUUAAGAAAAAAACAAAAACAAAAAGGACAACCAUAAAGUUUUAUUCUUUGCUCGGUUUUAAGUUUGCAAUGUGUGUUGCAGCAAGUGUGUACUGUUGAGCUCUUCUUCGUGUCUCACCCUGGCCUUGGAGGAAAAUACAGGGAGGAAUGCUGCAGGGGGACGAGAGGAGGAGGAGGAGGAGGGGAGCAACAGAGACAGAGGGGAGGGGUCCACUCUUCAGGAAUUCUGCUGGGUUGGAGUAUCUUUGCUGCGCGAUCAGUGUCCGCCGUCGAUGUCAACACAGUGUCGGAUCCAGAGUUCCAGCAGCGCCUCCCCCUCUCGCCGGUUCCAACUGUACUCCCGACUGGAACUAAACCCCAAUGGAAAAGAUAUGGAGGGCAACACUUAGAGACACUCAUAAAUGGAUAUUUCUGUAAAAGAAGAUGAGAAGAGAGAUAGAGUAUAUUUUGUUAAAUAACUGCAAAGUCUGGGGCGGGUAAACAGAUGUGGGGAUGAUAUCUCCAAACGCUCCUCAACUCUCCAAAUCCUAUUUUUUGUUCUCCAAAGUCAAAAAGAAAUUGACACCACUCUGUCUGCUGGUGGAGUAAACGUGACGAGUGCCACUCUUUUUGUUGUUUUUUUUCCCUUCAUCACCUCUUCAGUGCGCGAGAGGACCUUAACUGAAGUGACAUGAGGACGGUGACCCGAUCGCCCUUGUGUCAAGUGCCUUUCCAAAACAAAUCAGCUGUUCAGAUUUAGUGCCAACCUACAUGUAUCACCAAAAGAACCCUUCAACAUGGCAAUCCACGACUUUAGUGAACUGUUCUUCUGGAUAAUCUCGUAGGGGUGGAGGCUGAAAAAAAAGAAAACUACAAUAGGCUUUUUGUUAAUGGAAUGGCGGUUUUCUGUAUGUUUUCCGUUGGCCUUCUUGAAGUCUAAGGUGUUCAUUUUUUGCAAUGUCUGCUUUAGUCUGGCCAAACCUAUAUCUUGAAAUGCACAGGUACUGGAAUCCCCUUGACGUGAUGAUAACACCACCAAACGCUUACCUUUUCCAGGCCACUUAAAUCAACUUCUGUUUGUUCUGUUUUAUUUUGUUGUUUUUAACAGGAAAUGUGAUGAUGUACCGUUGACAAAUCUAACCUGAUUGUAAGUUCAAUUUCAGACCAGCCUUUUAACAGUGGGCUGUGUCUGUUUUAAGAAAAAAAAAGACUUUUAAUACAAAUGGCAUUUUUAAAAAAAGAAA